GUUGCAGAAGCCAAAAUGAGGAUUGUCGUCUUUCUAAUGUCCAGCUAAGAAAUGCGCAACAGCGUCUGUUUUCUCUUUCUGACCGUGUAAACCUUACUGCGUCAUGAAUGGGAGCAAGACUAUGGUCGUUACAGCUUUUGGCCCUUUCAGGCAGUUCUUCAUGAACCCAAGCGGGGAAGCAGCGCAGGGGUUGAAGUUGGUCGGAUUGGGAGAGCGGAUCAAUGUUUACGUCAAGGAGGUAGCAGUGAGUUACAUCAAAACCCAGCAGAUCAUCGCUGAGAUUUGGCAAACUCUUAAACCAAAGUUUGCUGUUCAUCUUGGUAUCGCCAGAGGUUCCAGAGUCGUCAUAUUAGAGCAAACAGGGAAGAACAGUGGAUACAGAGUCAGAGACGUGUGUGGCUUCUGUCCUGAGAGUCACUGCUGCAUGGAAGGAGGGCUGGAGAAACUGGACUCGGUUGUUAACAUGAGGGCGGUCUCCAAACCCUUCAAACAAGCAGGGAUGGAUGUCAUUUAUUCCAGAGACGCUGGCAGGUACCUGUGUGAUUUUGCGUAUUACUGCUCACUGUAUCACGGUCAGGGGAGAGCGGCCCUCAUCCAUGUACCGUCAUCUGGCAGCCUGGCCUCAGCUGACAGACUGAUACCUCUUCUGCAGAGCAUCAUUCAGAGCAUGCUUGGCCAGCUGGAGGGCCCUUCACAAACAGCCUGAGAAGAGGUGAUGACAACUGAUUCCUCAAGCUAGUAGUCACAGUGUGGUAGAGCUUCUAAUAUAUUACCUUUUUUCACACCACACAGGUCUCAAGGGAAAUAAAAAAGCAGAGUCAUAGUCCUCAUUCAUUUAUUUAUUCAAAAGUUCAGAAAAAAGAAAAUACAAGAAAUUCUCAGAUACACAUUUGGAGAUGGCAUGUCAAAAAUACACCAUCUCAGCUAUAGGUGUGAAAAAACUUUGAGGCCUCAGAUACAGAACUUGAAAGAAGACAAGAGUGUAGCGAAUGUUUGAUUAUUUCUUUUCCCAAUCAGGUAAUGAACACAGAGAUUUUGUAGAAGUUAAUAAAAGUAAUAGUAGUAGACCAAGGCCCCCUUCUGAAGGUAUAGGAAUGCAAAUCAUAAAAACAGCGGCAUGAUAAUGAUAAACCUUAAACCUAUAAUUGCAGUUAUUCAUGUUAACUUCUUUAUCCUGACGUUCACAUGAAUAACAUUCUGAAGUAUCAAGAUGAUAACAAUGACUAAGAAGAAUCCGUUUAAUUACUGUAUAUUUAUGCUGGAAAUCUGAUAACGCAAAAAAAAGAGGGAAAAAAGCUAAUAGUGUGAAGCUGUAAACUCAAGCCUAUCAUCUUUUUCUAGUCGUGUUGUUUACACUUAACAAUGACUACCCG